CUGCUGGCCCACAGCUACUUCAUCCGCGAGGCCGUCCGCAACCUGAGAGAAACGCGCCGCCGCCACCAAGCCGACUGCUCACGCUUCCGCCUGCUCGACGUCCUGCACUUUACCAUCAUCGGCGUCUCAUCCAUCAGCGUCCUGCGCGCGGCAUGUCGUCUCACGUCGUCGUUAUAGACGCCAGCGCCCGCCGGGCCACGGUCAAGACGACGCCCGGCAAGCACCUCAGCGACGUCCUGCACGAGGCCUGCACCAAGCUAGGCGUCGACGCCAACCAGCACACGUUCAACAACAAACCCCUCGAUCUCUCCCGCACCAUCCGCAUUGCCGCCCUGCCCCAAGGCGCCAAGCUCGACCUCAUCCAAGCCUCCCGCUCCCCCUCCGUCGUCAACGUCGCCCUCGCCGUCGACGGCCAGCGCUACACGCACAAGUUCCCCAGCAACAAGUCGCUGUGGCAGAUCCUGCGCACCUUCGAGGAGGUCGUCGACGCCAAGCCCAAGCUCAACUUCACGCAGCGCGCCGUGCCCAUCAUGGCCGAGGGCAGCUCGGGCGCCGGCCGCAUGAACUAUGAACUGCCCGUCAUCAACGUCGAGUCACGGGAAUUUGGCGAGUUCACCGAGCUGCAGAAGACGCUGGGGCAGCUGGGCUACGGCGGCGGAAGCAUCCUUAUGCGUAUGAGGUUCAAGGACAGCGGCAGGCCGGUUCACGAGGCCAUGGCGGACAUUUCGGGAUACUUUGAGGCGGUGGACCCGCCCGCGCCGGCACAGACAACGGACGCACAUGGCGCCCAUGCCGGCGGUGCUGGCGAGAGCCAAUCCGCACCAGACCCCGUGGCGGCGGCACCAGCUGGAGAUGUUGCUGGGGAAGCGAAUCCGUCGGAGCCAACAACCAGCGCCAUGGAAGACGUCGUGCCCACCACCUCGGCAGACACCACACCCGCACCAGAAGCGCCGCCAGCAGCAGAAGCUCCACCGGCAACAGAGGCCGCGCCCACGAGCGCCGCCGCCGCCGCCGCCGACCCAGAAGCGCCACCGCCCGGCACGCUGACGGGCCCAGACCAGCGCCCCAUGCGCAUCUUCUACCCAUCCAGCAGCGCGCCCGCAACACGUAACGCGUACAACGAAGCCGACUACGUGCCGACAGUAGACCACGCGAAAUCGCACCAAGCGGCGCUCCAAACCGCCAGCCGCAACAAGCGGCUCGCGUCGGACGCGGAGCUAGCCGCGCAAGCGCAAGCCAAAGCGGACAAGCUUGCAGCAGUCAAGUCGGUGACGAUCCGCGUGCGCCUCCCGGACGCCACGCACCUCGAGGCCGAGUUCAGCAGUGUCGAGACGGCGGCGCAGCUGCACGCGCUGGUGCGCAGCGUGCUCACGCACCCGGACCAGCCGUUUGCGCUCAAGUACCCCAACACCAAGGGCGGGCUGGGUAUGGCGACGCUGGCGGCGGGGCCGGCCCGCCUGGUCUCGGAUCUGGGGUUUCAGGGCCGCGUGCUGGUGAAUUUUGUGUGGGAGCCGGGCGCGGCGGUGACGGCGAAGCGCGAGCCCGUGUUGGCGCCUGAGUGGCGCGAUAAGGGACAGGAGCUGCGGGCGCAGGAGCCGGUGGCCGAGCCGGUGGAGGAGAGGGAGGAGAAGGUGGUGAGGAGGGAGGAGAAGAAGGCCCCGGUGGAUAAGGAGGCCAGGCUGAAGAGUAUUCUGGGGAAGGGUCUGUUUAAGAAGAAGUGAGUGCUGUGUCGGGGGGGUUGGGAUGCGGGUGGUGGUAGUGGUAGUGAUGGUGGUGGUGGGGGGUUUUGAUAGAGGAUACCAAUUUUACGAGUGCAUUGUUCUUGAGGGUUGGGUGGAGUAGUGGGUGCGUGUGCUAGGAGUGUUGAGA